AGCAUCUACACAACUUUUAAAGUUUUAAUCACAAUGAAUUCGGGCUUAUGGAGUCAAGAAAAAGCAAGUUCAUCCUAUUGGGAAGACGAAUCUUUUACUUGCUGCUCCAGGAAUGCAGUGUCAUAGACAAGCAGACUCAAAAGCUCUUGAAAGUGCCCAAAGGUAGCAUAGGGCAAUUUUUUCAAGACCGUUCUUCUUUGGGACACUCCAGAAAUAUUCCUUGUAAAGGCAAGAAAUUACAGAUUGGAUUAAAGAUUCUGGAACAACCACAUGCAAUCCUGUUUGUGGAUGAGAAGGAUGUUAUAGAAAUAAAUGAAAAAUUAGCUGAGUUGCUUUUGGCCAUUACUAACUGUGAAGAAAGGUACAGUCUGUUUAAAAGCAAGAACAGAUUAACUAAAGGUGUCCAAAUAGAUAUUGGCUCAACCGUUAGAGUACAGCUGAGAUCAGGAGAUGACAAAUUUCCUGGAGUUGUUCGUUUCAGAGGACCCCUGUUGCAAGAAAGGUCUCUAACAGGGAUAUAUUUUGGAGUAGAGCUGCUGGAAGAAGGUCGUGGUCAAGGCUUCACUGAUGGACAGUACCAAGGCAAGCAGCUUUUCAGAUGCGAUGAGGACUGUGGGGUUUUUGUUGCUUUGGACAAACUGGAGCUGGUGGAAGAUGAUGACAAUGAACUGGAAAGUGAUUAUGCAGCUCCAGUUGACACUAUGCAGGUAGAACUUCCUCCUCUGGAGAUCAACUCCAGGGUUUCUCUGAAGAUAGGAGAGAGUAUAGAGUAUGGGACAGUUAUAUUCUGUGAUGUCUUACCGGGAAACGAAAGUUUAGGAUACGUUGUUGGAGUGGACAUGGAUAAUCCUAUCGGAAACUGGGAUGGAAGAUAUAAUGGAAUACAGCUGUGUAGUUUUGCGAGUGUUGAAAGUACACUCCUUCUGCACAUUAAUGAUGUUAUACCAGAAACUAUGUCACAGGACAGGAGGCCUCCCAAGCUUGCCUAUACCUCCAGGGGUGGUGGUGACAAAAGCUUGUUCAAUCAUAGUAAGCCAAAAGCUACAGCAUCUACCUCUGAACCUGGGAAUAGAAACAGAUCUGAAGUCUUCUAUACAUUAAAUGGCUCAUCAGUUGAUUCUCAGCCUCAAAUGAAAACAAAACCUCCAUGGUAUAUUGAUGAAGUUGCUGAAGACCCUACAAAAUCGCUCACGGAUUCUUCUCCGGGAUUUGGGCAUUCCUCACCACCUCUGCAGCCACCUUUAACAAGCUCUGUGUCUACAGAAAACAGAUUUCACUCCCUUCCUUUCAGCUUGACAAAAACCACGAGCCCUAAUGGCACCAUUGGACACAGUCCUCUCUCUCUAUCUGUUCAGUCAGUCAUAGGGGAUGCAAAUACUGCAGUGACCCAGGAGAGUCCGUCAGCAGCAGGUCCCAUCAGCAACUCGCAUGGUCUUGAAGCAGGUUCGCUCGCAGAGGUUAAAGAAAAUCCUCCUUUCUAUGGAGUAAUCCGCUGGAUUGGCCAGCCCCCUGGAGUAAACGAAGUGUUAGCUGGACUGGAGCUGGAAGAUGAAUGUGCAGGUUGUACAGAUGGAACAUUUAAAGGCACGCGAUACUUCACCUGUGCUCCAAAGAAAGCUCUUUUUGUUAAACUCAAAAGCUGCAGGCCGGAUUCCAGGUUUGCCUCCCUGCAGCCAGUUUCCAACCAGAUUGAACGCUGCAACUCUCUAGCCUUUGGAGGAUAUUUAAGUGAAGUGGUAGAAGAAAACACUCCUCCCAAAAUGGAGAAAGAAGGUUUAGAGACAAUGAUUGGAAAAAAGAAGGGUAUCCAGGGUCAUUACAACUCCUGUUACUUAGACUCCACUUUAUUCUGCCUAUUUUCUUUUAGCUCUGUUCUAGACACGGUGUUACUCAGACCUAAAGAAAAAAAUGAUGUGGAGUAUUAUAGUGAGACUCAAGAGCUACUGCGUACAGAGAUUGUGAAUCCUCUUAGAAUAUAUGGAUAUGUAUGCGCUACAAAAAUAAUGAAAUUGAGAAAAAUACUUGAAAAAGUUGAAGCUGCAUCAGGAUUCACUUCAGAAGAAAAAGAUCCAGAAGAAUUUUUGAAUAUUUUAUUUCACCAUAUUCUAAGAGUUGAGCCCCUGUUGAAAAUAAGAUCAGCAGGUCAGAAAGUACAAGACUGUUACUUCUAUCAAAUUUUCAUGGACAAAAAUGAGAAAGUUGGAGUCCCAACAAUUCAGCAGUUACUGGAAUGGUCUUUCAUUAACAGCAACUUGAAGUUUGCCGAGGCACCUUCUUGCCUGAUUAUUCAGAUGCCUCGAUUUGGGAAAGACUUCAAAAUGUUCAACAAAAUUUUUCCCUCUCUGGAAUUAAAUAUAACAGAUUUACUUGAAGAUACUCCUAGGCAGUGCCACAUAUGCGGAGGGCUCGCUAUGUAUGAGUGCAGAGAAUGUUACGAAGAUACUGAUAUUUCUGCUGGAAAAAUCAAGCAGUUCUGCAAAACCUGCAACACCCAAGUUCAUCUUCAUCCCAAGAGACAGAGUCAUAAAUUCAAUCCAUUGUCACUUCCUAAAGAUCUGCCCGACUGGGAUUGGCGACACGGUUGCAUCCCAUACCAGAAGAUGGAGUUGUUUGCUGUGCUCUGCAUAGAAACCAGCCACUACGUCGCAUUUGUGAAAUACGGGCGGGAUGACUCCGCCUGGCUCUUCUUUGACAGCAUGGCUGAUCGGGAUGGAGGUCAGAAUGGUUUUAACAUUCCACAAGUUACUCCAUGCCCAGAAGUUGCUGAAUACCUGAAGAUGUCUCUGGAAGAACUGCAUUCACUGGAUUCCAGGAAGAUUCAAGGCUGUGCACGAAGACUGCUUUGUGAUGCUUAUAUGUGCAUGUAUCAGAGUCCAACCAUGAGUUUAUACAAGUGAACAAUGUUCUCUGGAAAAACCGAAGAAACAGUGCAGAGGUUUCUGCUGUUGUUAUUUGCUGCACUCCUUGGUUA